UCCUCUCUCCUCUCUGUGACCCUCACUUACUCGUUCCUGGCAUUAACGCUAUUAAAAUGUCUUCCCCUGUGAUUGCUUUGCCCGCACCGGAGCCGGCCAAAACUCCCAAAAGGAGAGCCAAGUCUCCGAGGAAGAAGACGGGUCCCACAGUGUCAGAACGGAUACUGAAGGUCCUGUCCGCGUCCAAGGAGCGCGGCGGCGUGUCCCUGGCAGCUGUCAAGAAGGCUCUGAAGGCCGGAGGUUACGACGUGGUGAAGAACAAAGCCAGAAUCCGCAUCGCCAUCAGGCGCUUGGUGGCCAACAAAUCCCUCAUCCAAACCAAAGGCACUGGGGCCUCGGGUUCCUUUAAGUUGAACAAGAAGCCCCCCACACCUCGAAAGAGGAAGGUGGUGAAAAAGAAGAAGCCAAAGGCGAAAAAAGUCAAGAGGGCCAGAGCCAAGAAGGCAGCCGGAGACGCCACUCCAGCGGCCAAGAAGUCACCUAAGAAAAAGAGGAAGGCAAAGAGUCCUAAGAAAGCCAAGAGCCCCGCUGCAGCCAAGAAGCCCAGGAAGCCAAAGAGUCCCAAGAAGGCUAAACGCAGGACCAAGGCUAAAUCUACCAGGACCAGGGCUGCUGCCAAGUGAACACCCUUCCACUGAACACCAGAAGCGGACCAACUGCAUGCUGGCGGCGUUUAACUCUGUGGACUAAACUUUUGAAACUCAUUCCAAGAACUUGAGUUAGCUUUUGCUAUUUUUUAAUAGUUUAACAGUUUUUUUAACUGAACCUGUUUUUACACCCCUUUCCCCGUCAGCGCCCGCUGCGGUCUGUAAAAAACAGAAUUUGCAACUGUCAGAAAUAAUAAACCUUUUAAUUUGCAGA